AUGGGGCUCCUGGGCCGCCGAACCCCAAGACCGCCCGAGAGCUUGGGAUUUCGUUAUCCCCGCGUCCUGUCGUCCAGGCCUGUAACUCCCGGGGCUCCGGCCUGGUGGACGCCGUCCUGCGCGGUCUUCCUACCUCCCGGCGGCAUGCUGCGUUUCGGGGCGGCCGCCGGGGACUUCCUGACAGCUCUCUCCAUGGACGGAGGAGACCGCAGCGAGGGGCCUGCAGCCAGCCCCGCGGGACAGGCGAAGACCGACGCUCGUAAGAAGGAUGACGUGCUUCUUCUGGCUGAUGAGACGUUUGACUUUGACCUCUCCUUGUCUUCUUCAAGUGCGAAUGAAGAUGAUGAAGUCUUCUUUGGACCUGCUGGGCAUGAAGACAGACGCGUUGCUGCCAGCGUGGAGUUAAAUAACCCAAUUCCCGAAGAACCUCUUUUAGCAGCGUGUGGAAGUCGCUUUCCCUGGAGUCCUCUCACAGGGGAGAAGUUUGCGGAAGUCUAUAAAGAAGCUCAUUUGCUGGCUCUACAGAUCGAAGGCAACAGCAAAAACAAGGCCACCGACGCCAAGAAGCCCGGAGGCCCUGGAGACCAGGACGUGGAAAUAUUUGUGCAGGAAUCAAAAUUGAAAGCGAACAUUUUUGAGAAAGGAAGUGAAAUGAAGAAGAGCCCCACAUCACUUAAGAGGGAGACGUACUACCUGUCGGAGAGCCCCCUGACGGGCCCGCCAUGCUCAGGGCUUCAGCCCCCCUCAGGCCUGGCCCUGCACCCUGGCCCUGCCGAGGCCGGCCUCCCCCGGACACGGGAGCCCCAUCCCUCUUCUCGUUCUUCUUUGGCAGUGGAGCCAAGCGCCGUUCACCCUCCAAGUCAGGCAGUAACACAGAAAAAGAUCGUAAGCAGAUUGCAGCAGCCCCGAGCUUCAUCUGUCAGAGGAAAAAGCAUUCUCUCAGCUGUGGAGAAGCCUAAGAAAGAGAUUCCGGCUAGUCCUUGCAGGACGAAGCUCCUGAAUGAUAAGGAGUCCCACAGAGAAGUGCUCCCUGAGAAGUCCAGAGUGGCUGUGGAUGCUGUCACUGUGCCAGCUGGCGGAAGCCACUUGGUGCCGGGCAAGAGAGUGCGGCCCGUGCCGAACAAGUUGGGGCUAAGGAGGACCCUGUUGAAACCCCCCGGUCGCACUGGCAGUCUUGCAAGAAAGAGCUCGUCCUCGGGGUCAGUUUCGGGCGUGACUUCCCGUAUGGGCACUUCUUCGGCAGGAGGCCAAGCUCAAUCAGGUGAACUAGUAAGUGUUCCUGCAGACGGUUCCCGGGCUGUGUCCAACAGGACUCUGAGCAGACUCGGACCCCCCACCCAGCAGCAGCCUUGGCGGUCAGGCCCUGCAGAUGCAUCCUGCGAGCACACAAAGUUGGCAGACGUUGCCGAGUUCACAGCAGAGCAGCCCGAGAGGCCCAGCACAGCUUCCUUCACGCAGCCGCAGACUCCAGACAAUGCAGGCCUGAGGCUGGACUGCACUUUCAGUUUGCCAAGAUCUUCUCAACUGAAUACAACUGGAAGUACAAGAAGGCGAGAUUCCUACCGAAAUUCGAAGACAAAGAUUGUACCUACCCCUACAAAUCAAUUCAAAAUUCCUAAGUUUUCUACUGGUGAAUCCCCGUUCAGCGCAACCCCGCAGCACCCUAGGGAACAGAGGCCACAAUCGUGUGCGUCAGCUGGGAGGGUUGUCCACAGCACUCCCGUCAGACACUGGUCCGGGCCAACCUCCCAAAGCCUUCUCCCCAGUGCGAGGACCCCCGUGAGUACAAAACGCCUGCUGGCCGUGCCCACCCCUGCCAGUCACCGCCUCUCUGGCCUCCCGCUAAUGACACUGCGGACCAUGCCCCGGGCUCUGGCUUCUCCCUGGUGUGCGUCUGCUCGGCGACUUUCUUCUGAGCCCAAGAAGAGAUCUGGAGCAAGAAACCAGCCAACCACCGAGAGCAGCACAAAGGGUACUUCUAGGCCUUCGGACCCAUCAUCUGACAGUUUUUCUCCCCCGUCUGCUGUGCCCCAGGCGCUUAACUUUUCUCCAGAAAAAAGAGAUUUUACUUUCUCAAAAAAUAUCACAGAAGCAACUCUGACUGAAGCAAAGACAACCGGAAACACACCCCUGAAUGAGGCUCUUCUUGUAGAUACCCAGCUGAAUCAGCUUACCAUUGCCCCGAAGGCUGAGAGCGGGCCCCUCGCUGACCCCCUGCUCAUCGACUUUUGCAAUACCCCAGAAGCCAAUGGAGGCCAGCUUCUGCUGAAACCCUCAGUGGCUUUGGAAUCGGAAAGUAAACCUCUGAUCGACCUAAUGAUAAACACUCCAGACAUGAAUAAAGAUGUUGCACUGAAGCCUUUGCAAGUAGUGGGCCAGCUGAUAGACCUGGCGUCUCCUCUCAUCCAGCUGAGCCCAGCCGCCGACAAGGAGAACGUGGACUCCCCACUCCUUAAAUUCUGAGCAGAGGAGAACCUUCCCCGUUACUCUUAGUUAAUAGAACUGUUCCUCCUAAUGUGGUUUUCAACCCUUAGAAAUGAAUUUUGAGAGAAAUUGUAUUUUUAAAAAAUAAAAAACCAAGUGAGCUCAUUGUGCCUGGAGGCUAUGGGCUGAGGGACUCGGGGCUGUCUGCUGACAGGGUUUCUCUGCCCUUCUCACUGUGGUUACACGGGGCCAAGUCGCUAUACUUUGAGAAUGUUGUCUUCAAUCUUUUGUAUGUAAAAUGGCAAGUGGCUAUUUUUAAAAUUAAGUUUGUGUGAAAAGUUAAA